AUGGACGCAAGUGACCUCGGUGUCUGUGCUCUUCAUCCAGCCCGCAAGCUUUACAUUCAAGUGCAAUUUGACGAGGCAGAGAAGCUGCUGAUGGCCCAAGGCCUAUUGUCCAUCAAUGUACGGGAGAAGGUGAGCGCCGUGUGGGCGGUGCUGUGCUGGGGCCACGAUAUGCGCCCUACCUCUGGAGACGAUCUGACCCACAUCAAGUUCUGGAUCGACAAUCGCUGCGCUGUAUCCUGGUGCAACAACCUCAGCAGUCGCGACAGCAUGGCCCAAGAACUGUACCGGGUGCUAGGUGCGGUCGAAGCCCAGUGGAAUCUCCGUGUGUCAGCACAUCAUUUACCGGGAGUGGACAAUACCAUGACGGAUGCGGGCUCACGAACUUGGGAUGCCCGAUAUUCUCACCGGUGGCGCAAACUAACUCGUGGAUGGUCCCAGGUAGCGUUGGUCCCCCUUCAACAGCAUCCCCUCGCCGAAUCCUCGCGGCGCCAGUAUGCUGGCACCUGGCGCCAACGGGCCGCCUUCUGCCAACGGCUUGGCCGCAACCGAUGGCUAUCGCCCCAGGACAGAACCGCGCACUCGUUACUCCUGGCUCUCUUCGCCGUUCAUUGCUGGGCAGGCCACGCGGGACAAGGACGUAUGUCGCCUGGAACGAUUCAGUCUAAAUUGUGCCAUGUCCGCUGGUAUCAUCGGGUCUUCGCUGGAUUCGAACCAAGUCUUGAAGCCCACCACGCUUUGGUUCUGUCCGGCAUGCGACGCGUUAGCCCGCCCCCCUCGCGACGAGAACCCGUCUUGCGUGCAAUGCUGGAAUGGAUCCUCAACCGACUCGACUUCAACAAAGUACAGCACCGCGUCAUUGGUGGGGCUGCGAUGCUGGGCUUUUUUUUGCUGCUCCGGAGUGCAGAAUAUCUCGCGGUGAGAGGCAAGCGAAGAGUCUACACACUCCAAGUAAGAGAUGCUGUUGUCCGCGAUGCACAUGGACGGCAAACGGAAAGCGCACAACAGGCACGAUCCAGCGAGUUAACAUUCCGAGGACAGAAGAACGAUCAAGAAGGACACGGGACGAGUCGAAGUUCACAGCGAUCGGGUGACCGGAGGUUUUGCCCGGUCACAGCGGGUAUGCUUCUACUACACAAUGCCAGCGAGCUCGGCCUGGCCCCAGGUGAUCCCCUAUGCAACCUGACACCAGGGCGAUUGCUAUCGGCCGAGUUCUUGGCGAAACUUCUGCGCGCAUCAGCCACAGCAACCGGGAAGGGUCCUGUUGGGAUAUCCUGUCAUUCACUGCGGAGCGGUGGCGCGACGACACUGCUGGCAGCAGGCAUCGAUAGCACCGUGAUAAUGCCCCACGGUCACUGGCGUUCAGAUGUAUGUCAACGCUACACACGGUACGAAGAAACGACGAGCAGGAACAUCGCGGCGCGAAUGGUGAAUCCAAGUGAUGAGAGCUGA